UGGGACGCGGGAGUGUGAACGCCUCUCCGCCUGGUGACAUCACCCAGUAGCGCGCCGCUCCGCUGCGCUCUCACUCACACAACUAGUUGUUGGAGAACAGACCACGGCAGCCGCUCUGUCCAUCCUGAGCACCGACUGUGGGAAUAUUCACCUGUGCGCCGCCAGGACGCAUUCAGGAGCGCUUGCAUUUGACUAAUUCCGCCUUAAGGGCGCAGAAAGGGACUCUUCAAACAACAAGAUCAGCUGGAUUCCUCGACCAUCAUCCAGUUGUCAAACAAGUUUUUUCCAUCUCCUCUUCUUCAUUAGAGUACGUCUCUACACUGAGUUUCACCUGAAGGCUUCGGCUCUUUUUCACCUCAUAUCGGGGGAGACUGCGCGCCUGGAACAUAAUGGCGAGACAUCAUGACGCUCAAAAUUGGCCUGAAAGCACAAAAAUGAUCGGACUCCUCUGCUUUGUUGCGUCGAUACUCACCCAGCACGGGAUCUUGGGUCAGAGAGUAAAAGUGGACCCAGAGGUGACGUCAUAUCCUGGCCAGUCUGUCAACCUGCGUUGUUCCUUUUCCGAUCCGACUGGAGUCCAGCUUACAAUGGUCACAUGGAUCUACGAGUCAAAGGAUGGAUUGAGGAACAACAUAGCUGUUCUGCAUCCUUCAUAUGAGCCCAAUUACCCAGACUCAUCGUUAAAGGGCAGAGUCAGUUUCCAAUCUGCACAGCCAGAAAUGACCCGCCCUUCCAUCCAGAUAGCUGAUCUAAGGAUGUCUGAUGAGGGGAAAUAUAUCUGUGAAUAUGCAACGUACCCCAGCGGCAAUGAGCAAGGGACCACUCAACUUAUCAUGCUGGCCAAACCCGAGAACUCGGCGUCCACCGUGUCUGUAGAGGCAGGCACGGAGAAAACCACAGUGGCCAAGUGUGAGUCUGCAAACGGACUCCCCGCUGCCAAGAUAUCCUGGGUGACCACGGCCAAAGGUAAUGAAACGACCACGAAAAAGGCUGGGACCGACAACACCGUGACUGUAUCCAGCGAGUAUCGCAUGGUUCCAACACCAAGUGACAACGGGAAAGACAUCAGCUGCGUGGUGGAGCACAGGACCCUAGAAAAGCCAGAAAGCUUCAAGAUGAAGCUGGCUGUUCUUUUUGCCCCUGAGGUGUCAAUAUCAGGGUACGAUAAUAAUUGGUAUAUGGGUCGCACAAGCACAGUACUCAUGUGUGAGGCUAAAGCAAACCCUGUUCCAACUUCUGUUCUCUGGAAAACCAUGUCAGGAGAGAUGCCAGACACAGUGCUGAUCUCAGGCAACCAGCUGAAGGUGCUGAAGGUUGAUGAAACUGUCAACACCACUUUUGUCUGUGAGGUCAAGAAUCGCUUGGGGACCAGCAAGAGUCAGGUCACCAUUGUGGUUAGAGAGCCAUCACAGAAGUCAUCCAAUGCCGGUGUGGUGGCAGGAAUAAUUAUAGGCGUCCUGCUGGCCCUUCUUUUGCUCUGCGCCAUCGUUGCUGUUCUCGUCACCCGUAGCCGCAGGCAGCAGCAGGGUUACCGGGCCAAAGGUGGCAGCGACUUGAAGACGCGCAUGUUUGGGGGUGGCAAGAAGGCCAGCAAGAACGGCACAGGCGGUGGAGCAGGGAGUGGUGGCACCGGAGGUGGUAACAACAAUGGCUCCAUCUUUGUUUACAACGAUGGCUCAUCCCACCAGGGCCUGCCAGAGAAAAACAACCACCACCAGCCGCUCAACAUGGGGCCUCGGCCUGGAGUUGUCGCCUCUACACCCACUGCCCAAGACAUCCUACUGCGCAAUGAAUUAGAUGAGGCAGAAAUUAGAAAGUUUGACGAUAUUGAGGAUGAGGAGAGGUAUGACCACUUUUCUGGAGCAGGCCCAAUUCUUCAACUGCGCUCGACUAAUGACCAAGAGAAUAUGAUGGGAGGCUACCUGGAUGAUGACAUGGAGUCCCAGCGGGAUGGCUCGGUCAUCUCACGGACUGCAGUUUACGUAUAGAGGAGGAGGACAGAAACGGGGGAGAAGGAAAAGGUGGCUUGAAUGAGUGUUCUGGUUCUGGGAUUGUGUCCCUGUCCUAUACAGAAAAAUGAAAAAAAAAACGUUUUAUUUUUGAGAAAUUGAUUUUAAGUAUUACAUAAUACCAGUGCAGUCCUUGAAUUGACCUGAUGUGACCAGGUGGGUUAUUUUAAAAGCGAUCACCGUAAGUCUCUAAGAACUGAAAACAAAGUAAAGAACAACCCCCCCAUUCCCUCUCUUUUACUGGGAUCUUGAGUGACUAAAUGAGAAACUUUUUAAAUAAUGGGGUGGGAUCAUGAAAUUCUGAUACAAACUUGGUUUUACAAAAGUCAGUACAGUUGCAUAUUCACUAUUAUCUUAAAAAAAGAACACGUGCAGGUGCACAUUGCCUGCAGUUCCUUAUGUGGGCUGCCUUUUUUGUCUUGGUGUUAUACUGUGACAUCUGGUAUGUUGGUGGUUUAACCAUCAGGAAUAUUAGAAAAGUUAAAAAUGUUUUCCCUCAUGUUUUGUUUUUCUUUGUUCUCUGCCAUCUUUUGAGUGUAAAAUCCUCCUGCCAGAUCAUCGAUAACGGCUGCUUUUUAAAUAAUAAACUCACCUAAACAAAAUCUGAGGGGGAAAAAAAAGUAUUUUCUGAUUUCUUGCUUGUUGGACUCAAAGGAAGGCAAAAGUAAAGCGAGUUGUCGGAGAAUUUGAAACAACUUAUCAAGGAAUUUACAUUUAAACGUAUGUGUUCUGCCUGAAGCUAAGCAACGGUAGGCAUUGAAAGAGUGAGGUGAAGCUGAUCUGACAGGUUCGAGGGAUGGAGGGGGGUUACGCCAGGGCCAGAGAUGAGCAUGUCUCUUCUUUUCUCUUCGUCCUCAUUCUCAUUUCCUCCGAGUGCUCCUGACAGGAGGAGCUUGAUUGGUAAUGAGCCGUGAAGUCGCUCGCUUAGCCGACGCCAACAGAUUGCCACCACUUAUCGUUUAUGACGUGACGUUUCCACUCCCUUCCCUCGCUUCUAUAUCUCGCCAUCACCCCCCCCCCCACACACACACACACACACACGCACGCAGAGUCUCCUCACUCUUCUGUCCUUUGUUUAUGAGGAGUUUAAGAUUGAUCCUGGGCAAUGUGGAGGUCAGGGCUGCCAAGAGCACAGCAGUGUUUUACCGCUUGUGUGGCGUGGCCCGCUGAGUGGACCUGAGCCCAGCCUGUGCUGACAUCAGGACUCACUAAUCCACCUGGAGUGGCCAUGUUCACUCGUCCCCGACCUCCCCCUUCACUUAGGUAAAUGGCUGGGUGUAACAGAUCCUCACCUCCUAAGUACAGUAGCGUUAGGUAUGACAGAUUUUCAAUGAGGAUCAUAUAAUAUUUCAUUCCAUUAGUGGAUGUUAAAUCUAGUGAAUUGAUAGGGGACACAUAAAAGGUUGGAUAUUAACUAACAGGCAACAGGCAUGAAAAUGGCCUUUUAUAGUGCAGGUUCAGGGCUGAUUGUCUCCUGACUGUUAAUUCAUCCUUUUAACGAGCCGCUGGAGGUUCACUCAGGCAAAUAUUACCGCAUGGCUACUUUUAGGAGCAGAGUAUUUGGACAAUCUCUCUUUGAAACUGGCUUUUAGGCCUUCCAAUCAACUCCCCUUCAACUGCCCUCCCAAGGAGGGGGAAUUCUGUUGAGUGUCUCCGUGAUGACUGUCCAGACCUCUGUAAAACACGCUAACAUGUCGGUUGGCAUUUGCUGCAGGUCACGAGGUCAACUGCAGGAUGACCUAUUGCCAAUGGCACAGAUGACUGUGCUUGCCAGCAUUUUUUUCUUAUUGCUGUUUAACCUUGACCUGUUGAUGCAAGAAAAACACUGGCAUGAAAACCUUGGAUGUGUUUGGGGGGGGCUCCUUAUUUGCCAUCGUGAUUGCUGUUAACCUUCAGACAGGAGAGAGAGAGCAGGAGAGACACGGAAGGCAGAUGACAGAAAUGGACACAGCAUUAGUGUUUGAGCACCGUCUAAUGGCCUUAGCUUAUACAUAAAAGCAAGUCCUGUCAACCUGGGGUACAGUAAAUGUACUGACUUAUCACUAUCACUUAAUAUAAAAUAUGUAUUAUUUUUGCACUUGUGUUCAUCACAACUACAAAUAGGAAAAUUAGCAUAGAAGUCGGGGUUUCUAGAAGGAAAAUCAUGAAGAAAUAAAAAGAAUCAAGGGACAAAAACUGUAUGUACAUUUUGGUGUGAGGUAUCUGUGUACUAUAUAUGUGAGCAUCUUUAUUUUUCUUGUGAAAAUGUGCAUAUUUAUGACAAUGUAAAUAUCAGAUUGAAGGAGCCGGUGUUGCCAGGACUAAAGAGGCUUUGUCUGUGGGGGCAUUCAGAAUGUAAUCGUAGACUUAAUCAAUUCCUCAGCAGUUUGGUGUUAAAACAUACCAAACUAUCUGAGUUAAGUUUACCUGAUGCAUUAAAAUCAAUUCAGUCCUUAAGAGGGGAAUUUAUUUUUCUUGAAUUUUGUUAUAUUUUCAUGUUAUAAGCACACAUUUCCUUAUAGAUUAGGAACUUCUUUCUCUUUGAUUCUGGACAGGAGGGUAAAGAUGAUCAGGUUAGUUUCCAUCCAAACGAGAAUUAAAAGUUGUUUCAUUGUGGAUUUUUGGUGACGUUCCUCACAAUCAGAGCUGCAACCCAACUAGCCACUUUCCACGUGGAAGUUGUAAAGACAAACUCCUGCUCACACAUUGGCUGUAGAUGUGUGUAUAUAUAUAUAUGGAGAAUGUAGAGAACCAUUCGCCCACACUCAAACACCCCUGAGUCGCUCUCAUUAUGCUCCCUCCCAAAGCCAAACUGUGCAGUCGACACCUCAUACCUGACAGCUCUGCUGUCUCCUGACAUGGGCCCACACACAUGCACUCUCAUAGCUGCACACAAGCUUGCAGAGAUGAAACGCACUUCUUUCACUCCUGCUCAGCGACUGGAUCAGGAUGUGAAUAGUGUCCGACUGGUGCAGCACUAUCACAGAACGGGCACUCAUUUGCAAAUAGGUGUACCCCGACAGGGACACGUGCUCUUAGGGAGAACAUCUAACCCAUUCUAAUUUCAUUAGAAAGCAUCUGAGCUGAUCUCCUUCCCAUCCCAGAUCCAUAUCAGAGCUUUUAGGAGAUUUGCUCAUCCUCUUCGUCUCGUAUAUUGUUUUUGAUUUCACCCGCUUUCAGCUUCGACCGCCUCCACAGACUCGCCACCUACCCCAAACAUCCAAGCAAGGAUCAUCAGACAAAAUGCUUUUAAAGAGCCUUGAAAUCCUGGCAUGGGUAUAGCACAAGUUUGUCAGAAAUUCCAGCAUUUUUCCUGAACACCACAUAUUUGGCUCCAGACAUCUAAUGAUUAAUCAAAGCCUUAACGUCUCUCAUCUCACUCGCUAAACAGAAAAAAAAGAGAAAACCCUUCUUGUGUAUAUAGUAUAAAUAUAUAAAUAUGUAGCAGAGAAAAAGAAUGAGUAAUUUAUGGUGUCACAUUUGUGUAUUACUUGAUGACAGCUAGCAUGAAGGAUUUAUUUUCUUCUAUUACAGUUUCUCUUCUCCCAUUAUUUUGCUGUGCUUUAUAAUUUAUGUUUUCUGAGUGCUUUAUUCUUGACUGCUGCGCUGUGAUUGCUGCCAAAUCUGGCACAUGUGCUUCUUCUAUACAAGUUAACUGUAUACAAACACAAACAAAACAGUCUUACCCCAAAAUGUGCUUUUAUUGACUGCUUUGUGUAAAAGUUGUUUUGUCUGUUUUUUUUUCUUUCCAUUUUGAGCUUGUGUUCAGUCUUCAAACAGAUGAAGAAUUAGAAAUGUUGUCUCGAUUUUGUCAUGUCAUUACAUUUUUUUCAUAUUUGGUUGAUAUUAAAGAGUUCUUGAUUUUCAAAAUGUC